AUGACAAUCGUUGUGCAGCUGGUCAUUGCAUCGACGGGGUUUCGAGUUUCUUUGGUGGUGAAGCAAGCCAAAUCGCCGUCUCUGCUCGCAAGUUCGUCGUUAGCUUCCUCUUCACAAGGAAACGUUGUUACCACAACGAAAAUUUUUGUGUCGGACGUCGUGUUGGGCGUCCAAAGCCGUGGGUCAUCUCCACAAGGUGUGAGUGGCACUGAAGGAAGUAAACAGUCUUACGUUGAGGUGUUUGACUACGCGACCCUGAGGCCUCUUCUCGCCAAUGAAGCAGUAACGGAUGGACAAAAAUUACUACUCUUCACGCCACCUGUUUUGUCAGACACCCUAAUGGAACAUUUGGCGUCUCUCGGUCCUCCGACACAUGAUACUCCAUGCAUGAGCACAACGGAGGAAGAACGCUGGCAGAACCUGCGACAGGCGAUUUUAGCGCUACGCACACCUCUCAAGCUCCACCAGGAUGUCAUGGAGCGAGAAUUGGAAGUGUGCAACAAACAGUUUGAAACUACAAAGGCGGAGUUUGCAAUGGCAGAGAAAGGUAUUUACGAGGCGAUGGAGAACAUAAAGAAUGUAAAGAUUUUCUAUAGUCUGGAGACGCCUGCAACUGAGUUUGUAGAUGCAAAGUACAUGGAAGCCGUGAUUCAGCAAGGUGGAGUGAAGCUGCAAGAGGCAGAGGAGUGUCUCACGAACGCGCGGAAUAUGGCUCCAGGGAUCAUUGAGGCAAUCAGGAGUGAGGCCCAAGUCGCCGAGGGCCUUGAAGGGACUUCGGCGUGGAAAACAUUUUCUGCGUCUACCACUGAGGGGUCUAAUGAGACUGCUGUUUCUGUGUUGAUGAAAGAAGUGGAACGCAAGGUUCAGGUGGUGCGUCUGUUAGUAAGCAAGAUAACACUGGCAACAAAACGACUGCAAAAGUGUCGUCACUACUGCCAAGCCGUUGUUUAUCAUGUGGUACAACAACACAAGAAAUUAUGCCGUCUUCCAGAAGGUUUGGAAGCCGCUCAGGGUGUUGUGAAGCGCCGCAUCAUACUGCGGCGCGCCAUUCGUCGUCUAUUGGUUCCUUUGGAGGCGUUGCAUUCUGAGACGGAGGAAAUAAUCCACCAAUUUGCAGAGAAGUGGAGCCAAUGGCUGCCGGAUGGACUAUUCAGGGCGGUGUCAUCGCCGCUGCCACCACUAUAUCCCCUGGACGACGCCCUCGCGCAGGGGGAGGACCAUUUGUUCGUUGACAUCGAGGAUGAUGAAACCGAAGGACUUCUUGCCACCAUUGGAUCAGUGUCCUCCGCGGAAGUAGCGAACAUACGUGCCAUGGAGAGGGAAAUGGAAAAGAACAUGGAACUGGUGAAGGCAUUGCAGGAGGAGAAUGCGAAACUUAAGGAUGCUUUGAGGCAACAGCAGGCGGCACUCUAG